ACAACAAACCAGUAAUAGCGUCGUCAUAGAUUGAUACUUUUGAUCUAAAUGCAGAAUUAGCUUACCUUACCCUAUAUUGGGGGUUUAAUGUGCGGCAUGAAUCUGUGAGGGCUUAAAGCAAGAUUUUUUUUUCAAACCGCUGCAGCCGAAGAAGAAAUGGAUGACAGGCUGCCCGAUCCCACCCGAAGACCCCAAACAAUCCAACACGGAAGAGAUCAUCCACCCCAUGUUUGGAAGGAGGAGAGUUUCACAGAUCAACAAGAUACAAACUCCAAUAUUUAUCAGGAGAAAACAGAAUCUAUACAAAUGAAAAAAGAAUGGGAUGUACUUAAACUGCUGCAGAUGUCAGCAAGCAAAGAGAAGCAGGAUUUUCUAAAUGUAAAUAAGAACCAGUUGGAAAUUUCCCAACAACAGGUAAAAGUAGAACAGGUGGAAGUACAAAUUUUGCAUGUAAAACCAAACCAGGAGGAACUUGAACAUUUACAGAUGACAACAGACAUUAAGGAAAAAAAGCCUUUGCAUGAAUCCCAAAACAAGGAGGAGCUACAGCAACAACUGAUAAAAAAGGAACCAGAGGAAAUUGACAUUUUGCAGGUAAAAGUGGAAGAGACUGAAAUCUCUAUUAGUCGAGGUGAGGAGAAAACUUUGCUGAAGCAGGAGGCUAAAUCCUCUGAAGAAAAAGAUGAUUGUGAAAUAGAACCUACAAGGAACCAACUCUGCUCUCAGGAUCUUGCUGUAGUUGAGAACCAUACUCAGGAAAGAGACUAUCUUGAAGACUCAGAAUCAAGCCGAGAUGAGGGCCAGUAUUCUUGUGAAGUGUGCGAUAAACAUUUUACGCUCAGUAGUUCUCUAAAUGAUCACAUGAGAACUCACACAGGUGAGAAGGCUUUUAUUUGUAUGACCUGCGGAAAAACGUUCACUCAGAGAUGUAAUCUAACUCGUCAUAUGAGAGCCCACACUGGUGACAGGCCUUAUGCAUGUGAAGUGUGUGGUAAAGGUUUCAACGAUAGUGGGGAUUUGACUCGUCACAUGAGAGCUCACACUGGUGAAAAGCCUUUCUUAUGUGUGACAUGUGGGAAGGGUUUUACCAGGCAAAUAAGCCUGACUGCCCACAUGAGAAUCCACACUGGAGAGAAGCCUUAUCCUUGUCUCUCCUGUGGGAAAAGUUUUACUCAAAGCAGCUCUCUAACAGUCCACAUGAGAACGCACACAGGUGAGAAGCCGUACCCCUGUGGGGUGUGUGGGAAACGUUUCUCCCGGAGCUGUCACCUGAAUGUUCACAUGAUAACCCACACCGGUGAGACAUUCCCAUGUCUCACAUGUGGGAAACAUUUCACCCACAACAGUGCCUUAAAUGUCCACAUGAGAAUUCACACAGGGGAGAGGCCGUACCUGUGUGGAUUAUGUGGUAAGUCCUUCUCUCGGAGUAGCCUCCUGACAGUUCACACAAGAACACAUUCGGGUGAGAAGCCCUUUUCGUGCGAGGUUUGCGGAAAGUUCUUCUCACGACGAAGCCACCUGACAUAUCACAUGAGAACGCACACGGGGGAGAAGCCUUUCUCCUGCCAAACCUGUGGUAAGUGUUUUAGUGGCAGGCACAGUCUGAAGUUUCACAUGGGAACUCACACGCGUGGAAAUGUGAGAGUCAUUCAUUAAACUGCACUGCUGGGGCACUUGAGUAGGUCAAUGGUCUUAGAAACUAAAUGCUAGUAAAACUGUGUCUAUUAAACUAUUGAUAAAUAGUUACUAUUUAACAUUAAAUUUUUGUUUUUAUUUUAAUUUAUGUCGUUAACUGAUUGCUUUUCAUUUCCAAAGUGGAUUCCUAGAACAGAAAUAUGGCUACUUGUGAGAGUAGUGUGUUGUCAUACUGUACUUUUACAACUUUACUGAUAGUAUCAUGAAGUAGAACACAGCAGAAUCCCUUCAUUAAAAACAGGUUUCAAAUGAUCUCUUAUUUUGAUCUCAUGUCUGGUGUUUAAGAAGCAAAAAUAAA